CCCUCUGAGUUCAAACGAGACACGAAAUUCUUAUCAAUGAAGGGGGGUGACGUCAAAGGCGGCGCGCUGUGACUCGUCGGUCACGUGUUCCCACACGCCUCUACUUAUCGGCGCAGAGCUGUCCGCGGUCCUGAUAAAAAAAUCACGCGCCACACUGACGUACAACAACCACCAACAUCUUUCACAUGUGCAAAUAAGAGUGAAUCUUAAACGAAAUAUCAGUUUGGGCCUGGAAAACAAACUUUUUUUCUUAAUUUCGAAUAAAUAAGGACUGAAAUCUUCGAGCUUCAUUCGUUAGAGACGAAGAGGCACAGGAGCACUUCUGAGUUGCAGCUGAAUUUUGUACGGGAUCGCAGGUGCUCACCCUGUCCCCUCUCCCCAGCCCCAUCUGGUCUGCUCUGCAAGGACAUGACCUGCUGCCAUCCUCCCUCCUCUACUCUCCUGUUAGUCCUGCUCAGCAUUGCUCAACAGCUACCUGCUGCUGCCCCACUGCUAUCUGAAAGCCCUCUCACGGGCACCAGCAAUGAAACACUCUGGCUGGUGCAACCUGAUCCAGCCACAGCAGCUGGACCGGUCCGGACACACAGGAAAGUGGAAGCCAUCCUCCAGACUCCACUGGGACAGGGACGAUUUACAGGCAUAGACUCUGCCAAGGCGCUGGUGUCUGUCUUGUUAGAGGCUCUUGAUCAUCCGGCUAGAGAAGAGAAGGGAGACCAUGUAGAGAAAGAGGAGUAUAUAAAUAAGGAGCCAUGGAAGGAACUGGAGAUGUGGAGGGAUCAGGAGGAGCACAGAAUCUCUGAGCAAGGCACGGAUGAGGAGGAGAAUAUUGAAAUACCACAGUCUGGAUCGACUGAGGCGAUGCAAGGAGUGGAGAAGAGAGGAGACAAAAAGGUAGGAUUAACAGACCCAUGGGUUUCAGAUGAAAAGAAUGAGAAUGUAAAUGGUGAAAACAAGUUUAAGGAAAAGGAAGGAUUUCUGCAGAGUUUGCUCAGUGGGAAAGCAGAGGUCACACCCCAAAUUAUCACCUCACUUCAGCGUAAAACCAGGGGCUAUUUUCAAAACAUUGACCUUGGUCUCCAGGACAAUGAGAUCCUCCCACCUCUGAAGGGCUACAAAGCUUAUAACCAGCAGCUGGCCUUGGCCAGCAAGAAGCUCAAGUGGCAAGAAGAGAGACAGAAAAACCCCUCCCAGCUUGAGAGAAACUUCAUGGAUGAUUUUGACUUUAUAGACGAGGAAGAGGAGGUCCUUCCACGUGAGGAAGAAGAGGCAAGAGCACGAGCUGAGCAGGAAGAGGUGCGAAGACAGGAGGCAGAGGCACAAGAGGCGCGAGAGGAAGAGCAGAGACUUGCAGACAUUGCCUCUGACAUGCUUCUGGAAUACAUGGGGAGGAAACAAAAAUCAUCUUCUUAUAUGAAAGACAGGAAGAAUGCUUUAUUGCUCAACAAUGUGGCUGAGGACAAGCGGUCUAACGAAGUGGAGGACAGUGAUGAUGAUGAAAUGGACCCAGAGACGAUUGACAAACUGAUUGAAAUCUCUAGUAAACUGCACCUACCUGCCGAUGAUGUAGUUGAGAUCAUCACAGAUGUGGAGGAGAAGAAGAAGAGAAAGGACCCACCACCCAGCAAUGUACCCCGUUUUCGGCCUUUAGUCCCACUUAAAGCCAAACAGAGAGCUCCACAUUAUCAAUACCCUAAGUCCCCAAAGAAAGCUUCUCACAAGAUGAACCCAUAUAAAAAGUGGUACAAGGAGAAAAGUAAAUCCAAGUUCAACAAGCAGGACUACUGGUUUAAGCCAGAGAAGCAGUUACUAGCAUAUCCUUCCUUUCCCUACUAUCAGAAGCCAUAUCGAGCCUAUUAUCCUGUCUAUUUUCCAUCUCCUAAAUCACGCUUCUAUACAAAUCCUGCACUCUCCUUUGACUACAACUUUGGGGACCCCAUUGGUUUUGGCUUUAAGCCUCCCAAACGUAGGUACAAAGACAGAGCCAAGGGAAGGGAGCGAAACUGGGUGCAAGGGGGCCGCCGGCCCCAAAAUGUCUACCCUUUAGCUGACACAGUCAUUUCUAACUACAUCCUUCCUCAUCCCCGAACUUAUCAGACGCUCCCUGUGCCCAAAGCCCGCUCUCCUCCAAGUGCAGUGGCACCUGGCUAUUAUUACCACCCAGACUAUGCGUAUGACGAGCCAGAACCUGUUCCAGAUAGUGAUGAUGAGCUAGAAAACUUCAUUGAGAAGAUUUACUACAAUCGCAGGUUGUUCUAGAUAGUUCUCUAUCAGGGGGAAAGACCUGUGAUAAACCAUAGCGAUGAAAAAAGAGUGAGGAGAACAAAGAGAAAAAUGGAAUGAGUGAGGGAUAAGGGCUGAGGAAAGACUAAUUCUAUGUUACUUCUCCACUCUUGUUUUUUAAAACAUUCCAGGUUAGGUCAGAAAAGCGAUGUUAAUGAGGUACUGGACCCUCUGUGUGUUUGCAUUCUGUUCCUCUCGCAGUUUACAUUUUCAUUUGGUGAGAGAACUUACGGGUGAAUUUGACAGGCUUCAUUCAGGUAUGGUUUUACUCUUGCAUGUCAAAACAUUUUAGGUGCCAAUUGCAAGAGACCCAUGUUUACACAAAGAUUACUUUUGAUGCUUGAUUAAUUAACGUGAUUUUAAAAAAAGGGUCUCAGCUUAGGCUGAAGUCUUGACUCACUAGUGAAAUUAUUACUGACCCAUCUUUUUCAUAGGCCAUGUUUAGUUGUUAUUAUCAGUAGUCUUUUUGUCUUAAUAUGGCUCUAUUUAAUUCAUGUGCAUGCAGGUCUUGCACCAUUGAAAAUAAUAACUUUAUGUGGAACAAAAACAUAUAUCCACCACAAACUUGAAAGCAAAUCUUCCAUUCUGUUUAAAUACAUGCAAAAUGGUGGGUGUCUUUAAAGGAUGGAUGUCAUGUGAUGGUAGUUUUUUCAGUAUUCUUUCACCUUACCAAUGAUUUACUCUAUGCUUCACAUAAACAUUUUUAAAACGCCUUUAUUACUGUUCAUGGGUUGCCUCUAGCAUUUUAUCAACACAUUUUAUCUUUGUCUUGAGGGUCAGAAGAAAGCUGUAUAUAUCAUGUCUAUUUAAAAGAAGUUUUAAAACACUUGAAAAGUCUUGAGAAAUAAACUGAGGUUGAAACGUC